CAUACAUAUAUGUAUGUACAUAUAUAGGAACCGAUCGUGCUCCACUUGUGCCCAUUGUUGUUCCAGGCUGCUGUCAACGUAACUCACAAUUGAAUUGUUCCUUUGUUCUUCUACUCUUGACUACCAAGCCAAAGAUCGAACCUUGAUUUCUCCUCCCCCAUCAAGCAACUUUAACUCCAUCUUCGACUUGGCAACUGCAUCUUUCACAUAAUUGGCCGUCGCUUUUGUAGUUGACCGCAAACAAACAACCAGAGACCGGACGUCGCCAUCGCCAUCGUCGUCGUCGUCAUCGUCGUUGUCGUUAUGCUGGUGCCGCCGGACAUGAUGGCCGCCCAAACGCGCAUCAUCUAUCAGAUGAAUCGAUUUUGCUCCGAACGUGUCCAGGCUCGCAUGUUUAAAACGGCCACAGCCAUACGAGAUAUCUGCAAAAUUGUCCAGGACAUACUCAAAGAGGUGGAACUGCAGGAGCCAAGAUUUAUAUCCAGCUUAGUAGAAUGCAAUGGCAGAUACGAAGGCGUUGAGGUCAUCUCACCGAAUGAGUUUGAAAUCGUACUCUAUCUCAAUCAGAUGGGUGUCUUCAAUUUCGUCGAUGAUGGCACACUUCCUGGCUGUGCUGUACUUAAGCUAAGCGAUGGUCGCAAACGUUCCAUGUCCCUGUGGGUGGAGUUCAUCACUGCCUCUGGUUAUCUAUCGUCGCGUAAAAUUCGUGCCCGUUUCCAAACACUGGUGGCUCAGGCAUGUGACAAGAGCAUCUAUCGUGAUAUGGUUAAGAUGAUUGGCGAUACCAGCGAAGUGAAGUUACGGAUACGAGAACGUUUCGUGGUGCAAAUAACGCCGGCCUUUAAGUGCUCGGGCAUUUGGCCAAGAUCAGCCGCACAUUGGCCCAUGCCGCAUAUACCCUGGCCACAUCCCAAUGUUGUGGCCGAAGUGAAGACUGAAGGAUUUGAUCUGCUGUCCAAGGAGAGCAUCAUAAUGCAGAAUAAGAACAAUAAUGCCGCCACCAUGGAGGGUGAUGCAUGGGUCUUGAGCUUUUUUGAGGCCGAGAAACGUUUGCUGCAAGGUGGCUGCCGCCGUCGCUGCCUGAGCAUGCUAAAGACUUUGCGUGAUCGCCAUUUGGAUUUACCUGGCAAUCCGAUCAGCGCCUAUCAUCUAAAGAAUCUCCUCCUCUACGAGUGUGAGAAGCAUCCGCGUGACUUUGAAUGGGAUGAGAGCUGCAUUGCGGAUCGCAUCAAUGGCAUCUUUUUGCAGUUGAUCUCGUGCCUGCAAUAUCGUCGCUGUCCGCAUUAUUUUCUACCCAGUUUGGAUAUGUUUAAGGGUAAAUCGCCCAGUGCCCUGGAGCAGGCGGCCAAACAAGUCUGGCGCUUGACGCGCGAAAUGCUAACCAAUGCGAAUGCAUUCGAGAAGCUGUAAACACGACUCCCAGAGUCCGAGCCAGACCCAAACCCAUAUACGGAUUCAGAUUUAGAUUUAGAUUCACAUCGAAAUGUGUUUAGAUGAUUUGACGGCGAUAGAGAGAUAGAGAGGAAGGGAGGGAGAUGGAGUCAGAUGAAGGAAACAGUAUGAAAAAGUGAUUCAAAAGGUGCUAAAUUUUCAUUGUAGCUCUGGCGAUGGCCCCGUACUGAUAAGCUCCAUGGAGAGACAGAGAGACAGAGAGAGAAAGAGAGAGAGACGUUGCUGCUGCUGCUCCUGCUAGGAGUCUGCCAUUUUGUGCCAUUCAUUCAGUUUCAGUGAGAACGUGUGUGUGUGUGUAUGUCUGAGAGCGCGAGAGAGAGAGAGAGACCAUGCAUGUAUGUGUUUAUGUGAGAGGCAAAAGUGUUAAUGCAAAGAUGCGAGAUAAGCCCACUCCCCAUUCGACUCUUUCCAUUGAGAGACGACCAUUCAGGCAUGACCCGUCGGCUUAUCCUUGCAAAUAUUGUUUUUAAUAACUCUCCGUUU